AUGCAAAAAAUUAAAGCAAAAGCAUCUUCAUUACCUAUGUUUAAUGGUCGUGUAUCGGAUUCCUCGACAUCCAGUACUUCUUCUUCGGUUAUAAUAGCGACAAAAAAUAAAAAACGCGCCACUUUCAAUGGUUUUCUUAAGCCCACCGUUUUUUCUAUAUCAAAUUCAGCCAAUAAUUUAACAGAAAAUCGUGAAGAAACUAUAGAUUCAGCCGAAUCGGAUGUGAUAAUAAUAAAUGGUGCUAGUUCCGAGAAGAGUGCCCAAAGUACUCAGAAAUCAUUGGGAAUAGCGGGUACAGAAUUAAGUAAUUACGAGAAAAUAAAAGUGGUGGGUCAGGGCUCUUUCGGUAUUGCGGUACUGUAUCGGCGUAAAACUGACAAUCAUCAGGUUGUAUUUAAACAGAUAAAUUUAAAUGAUUUAACCCCAUCGGAAAGAGAUUUAGCCAUGAAUGAAGUGGAAGUAUUUUCAAAAUUACAUCAUCCAAAUAUUAUAAGUUAUUUGGGAAGUUUUAUUAAAGAUAAUACUUUAUUAAUUGAAAUGGAGUAUGCAGAUGGGGGCACAUUAGCUCAAAUCAUAGGCGAACGUAAAAUGAGGGAUUACUUUCCAGAGCGUUAUGUUAUAGCAGUAUUUGAACAAAUAUCCAGUGCUAUAAAUUAUAUGCAUUCAGAAAAUAUUUUGCACAGGGACUUAAAAACCGCCAAUGUCUUUUUAAAUAAACGAGGUAUUGUGAAAAUUGGUGACUUUGGAAUAUCGAAAAUAAUGAACACAAAAAUUCAUGCUCAAACUGUAUUAGGAACCCCGUAUUAUUUUAGCCCCGAAAUGUGCGAAGGUAAAGAAUACGAUCAUAAAAGUGAUAUAUGGGCUUUGGGCUGUAUAUUGGGAGAAAUGUGUUGUCUACGCAAAACGUUUGCGGCAACAAAUCUUUCGGAACUUGUUGGUAAAAUAAUGAGUGCCGCCUAUACACCAUUACCCAAAGGAUAUUCAUCAGGAUUAAAAAGUUUACUUAGCAAUUUAUUACAGGUGGAUCCUGCUCGACGGCCCAAAGCUUCAGAAAUAUUAGAAUAUUGGAUACCAUUAAUAUUUCGUAAUCUGGGCAAACAUAAAGGAUAUUCUUAUGAAGAUGAUAUGAGUUCAACAGCAAAUUCUACAGCUAGUUCGAAAGCUGUAUCGUUACAUGAUGAAGUGGCAAUACCAGAAAAUAGUUCACGCCGAUCUACUGUAGUCGAUUUAGCUACAGCACAAACUGAAACUAAGGAAAUAAUGAAAGCUGAGACAGCUCAACCAAAUGAAACUGUAGAAAAAAGAUCUGUGUUAUAUCAACUAAAAUCGUUUGGCAAUAGUUUUAGCAUGAAUCCCAUACAGUUGCCUCCAAAAGCCUGCAUCCUAUGUGUGGCAACUAGCGAAACACAUUUCGUAGUGGUGAAUAAUGACGGUUCCGUUUAUACGUGGGGUGAAGGUACUCAUGGACAAUUGGGUUUAAGUUCUUUGGAAGCAUGGAAACAUUAUCCCAGCCGUAUGGAAAGUAUACGCAAUUAUCAUAUUGUCAGUGCCUGUGCUGGUGAGGGUUUUACAAUACUACUAACUCAAACCGGUUCCAUACUGAGCUGUGGCGAUAAUAGCAAAUAUGCUUUGGGUCAUGAUGAUAAUAAAACCUAUCAUAGUCCCAAGAUAAUAGAAAAAUUAGAAGAUAUACAUAUCAAGGAGAUAAAAGCAGGGACAACACAUGUUUUGGCAUUAAGUGCAGAUGGCUGCAUCUAUACAUGGGGUACAAAUGUACAGGGAGCUUUAGGUCUAGGAAGUCUACAAACGCAACAGAAAACACCCCAGAAAAUACUUAUUUCUCAUAUUAAAUCCAAAGUUAAGCAUAUUUUCUGUGGGCCAGAUACGUCUGCGGUACUCUUCGAAAGUGGUGAAAUGCAUGUUUGUGGUAGUAACGAUUACAAUAAAUUGGGUUUUGAAAAAUCAUCGAAAAUAAUGGCAUUGAAAAAAAUACAAUUACCUUAUCCCAUAUUGGAAGCAAAUUUUUCUUCGACACAUUCAAUAUUUUUGGUAGAAGGUGGUUAUGUUUUUACAAUGGGCUCAAAUGCUUCUGGUCAACGAGGAGUUGGACAUUGUAAUAAUGUCUUGGAAUCUGUAUCAUUGGUGGAGUCCAUAAAAGAUAGAUAUAUUGUGAAAUGCAAAUGUAAUGAUCAGUGUUGUAUAGUUAGUUCCGAUAAUCAUGUUAUAACAUUUUGGGGUACACGUAACGGUAUACCCGAAAUAGCAGAGGGCAGUUCAACAGAUAUUCAUGAAACUGAAGUACAACAACAGCCAAUGGAUUUAGAAUUGGGUAAUAAUACGGCAGCGUUUACAAAUUUCUUAGCAUCUGUAUAUAAAUCGGAAUUGGUAUUGGAUCCACAGGAUAUAUUAGGACUAUAUUCCUCGCGUGAACAAUUGGAAAAAGGUUUUUACGUUGUGGUAAAUGAUAUUUUCCCCCUACCCCAUAGUGUUUUAGUAUUGGUAGAUACUACAACACCCUUGAUAGCAUCUAUUGAAGAUUUGUCAUAG